UCCUCUUCCUUUCAGGGCAGGUGUAGCUGCCAGAGCGAGACGGACACCCUGACCUGGCAUGGAGGGGGGCAAGGGGCCCAGACUCAGGGACUUCCUGAGUGGGAACCUGGCCACCUGGGCGCUGGGACUGGCUGGGCUGGUGGGGGAGGUGGAGGAGCUGGAGGAAGAAGAGGAGGACGAGGAGGAAGAGGGGCCCUUUUGCCCGGAAAAGAGGUUCCUGAGUCUCAGCGAUGGGGCCCUGCUCCUGCGGGUGCUGGGCAUCAUUGCCCCCAGUUCCAGAGGGGGACCUCGAAUGGCGAGGGGCCAGGAUGGGCCCGCAGCCCGGCGGGUCUGCAACCUGAGCCACCUGUGGGGCCGACUGAGGGACUUCUACCAGGAGGAGCUGCAGCUGCUGAUCCUGUCACCACCCCCGGACCUCCAGACGCUGGGGUUUGACCCCCUCUCAGAGGAGGCGGUGGAGGAGCUGGAAGGCAUCCUGCGGCUGUUGUUGGGGGCAUCGGUGCAGUGUGAGCACCGGGAACUCUUCAUUCGCCACAUCCAGGGCCUCAGCCUUGAAGUGCAGAGCGAGCUGGCCUCUGUCAUCCAGGAGGUGACCCAGCCUGGAGCCGGUGUGGUGCUGGCACUGUCCGGGCCAGAGCCUGGGGAACUGGCACCUCCGGAACUGGAGAUGCUGUCCCGGAGCCUGAUGGGGACGCUGUCGAGACUGGCACGGGAGCGUGACCUGGGAGCCCAGAGGCUGGCAGAACUGCUGCUGGAAAGAGAGCCAACCUCCUUGCCUUUGGUGUCCGAGGCUCCCGCUAGGGCUCCAUUGGAGGGUCCCUCACACCAUCUGGCCCUGCAACUAGCCAAUGCCAAGGCCCAGCUGCGGCGCCUGCGGCAGGAGCUGGAAGAGAAGGCCGAGCUGCUGUUAGACUCCCAGGCGGAGGUGCAGGGCUUGGAGGCUGAAAUUCGAAGGCUCCGCCAGGAGGCCCAGGUGCUGUCGGGACAGGCCAAGCGUGCCGAGCUGUACCGGGAGGAGGCAGAGUCGCUGCGAGAGCGAGACGGUCGCCUGCCCCGGCUCCCGGAGGACCAGCGGCGCCGCCGACAGGCAGCAGAGGCCUGCAAGGGCCAGCUGGAGGAGGAGCGGGUGCUCUCAGGGGCUCUAGAAGCCUCCAAGGCUCUGCUGGAAGAGCAGCUGGAGGCUGCCCGGGAGCGCUGUGCUAGGCUGCAUGAGACCCAGCGCGAGAACCUGCUGCUGCGGACCCGGCUGGGAGAGGCCCAUGCGGAGCUGGACUCCCUGCGGCAUCAGGUGGACCAGCUGGUAGAGGAGAAUGUGGAGCUGGAGCUGGAGCUUCAGCGGAGCCUGGAGCCACCCCCGGGCUCCCCUGGGGAGGCACCCUUACCUGGUGCAGCCCCUUCCCUGCAAGACGAGGUGAGGGAGGCAGAGGCUGGGCGGCUGCGGAUCCUUGAGCGGGAGAAUCAGGAGCUCCGAGGCCUCCUUCAGGAACUGCAGGGGCCGCCAGGUGGCCAGCGCCCUCUGCUGGAGGAGCAGAGCGAGGACUCCAUUCUUCCAGUGACGGUGGAGGCUCCCCACCUGACUUCAGACCGCAACCCCCAGGACUUGGUUCCCCAGGUUGGGAACAAGAGCCCCCAGGCCUUGGGCCUGGCCCCUGUGGGAUCAGACUCAGUCCCUAAAGGGUCGGAUGAGUAUCCCCAGGCAUCUGAUUCAGACACGAAGGUGCUAGAAACACCCCUCCAGGCAGAUGCCACAGCUCCCCAGACCUCAGACUUGACUCCUGGAGAGUCAGACCCUGUUGUGGACACGCACAGAUCCCUGGAGAAAGCUGGCCAUAGAGCCCCUCUCCAGACCCCCGCCUCACCUCAGGACCUGGAGAUCAAAACGCAGGCCGAGCAGCUGCUGAGAGGAGAGACUGGGGAGAGAGGGGCUCCCCAAGGGGCAUUGGGACUGAGACAGGAGGGCCCUGAGCACAAGCCAGGACCCUCAGAGGUCAGCCUCUGCCUCCGUGUACAGCUGGAGGAGCAGGAGGCCCCAGGCCAGGGGCUGGACCAGUCUAAAGGACAAACAGAGCCCAGAGAGCAUGAGCAGAGGCUGGAGAGGGUGGUCGGGGAACCAGCCCAGCCAAAACCACAGCAGAGCUCUGAAGGGAUUCCUGAGGCCCAGGUUGGGGAGGGGCCGAUCUCGGGGGAGAUCCUGGCCAAUAGUAUUCCAGAGCAGGAGGCCCUCAGGGAGGAGGUGGCAAGGCUGAGGAGAGAGGCUGAGGCCCUUGGAGCUGAGCUAGAGGCCCAGACCCGAAGGUUGGAGGCCCGAGGCAUGGAGGCUGCCCGCCUCUCCAAGGAGCUGGCCCAAGCACGGAGGGCUGAGGCUGAGGCCCACCAGGAGGCAGAGGCUCAAGCUCAGGAGCAGGCCCGGUUGCGGGAGGCCGUGGAGGCAGCUGGCAGGGAACUGGAGGCCGCAGCGCGGGAGCGGGAGGCGCUGGCAGAGGCACUGGCAGCAGCAGGCAGAGAGCGGAGGCAGUGGGAGCGCGAGGGGCCUCGGCUGCGGGCUCGGGCUGAGGCUGCAGAAGAACGGAUCCAGACGCUGGAGAGCGAAGGCCGCCGCCACCGGGAGGAGGCUGAGAGGGAGCGGCAGGAGAGGCAAGCCCUCAGGGAGGAGCUGGAGAAGGCCGUGGUGCGGGGCCGGGAGCUGGGCUCCCGGCUGGAGCAUCUGCAGCAUGAACUGGACCUGGCAGCUCGGGAACGCCAGGAGUUUCUGCGGGAACAGGAAAGCCAGCACCAGAGGUAUCAGGGCCUGGAGCAGCGGCUGGAAGCUGAGCUGCAGGCGGCAGCGACCAGCAAGGAAGAGGCGCUGAUGGAACUUAAGACCAAGGCUCUGCAGCUGGAAGAGGAGCUGUUCCGGCUGCGUCAGGGCCCAGUAGGGCCAGGGCCCGGGGAGCCCAUUGAACCUCAGCUCGUGGAGACCCAUAGUGGGCGGCUCAUUGAGGUGGAGCGCAGUAAUGCCACACUGGUGGCCGAGAAGGCAGCUCUGCAGGGGCAAUUGCAGCACCUGGAGGGGCAGCUGGGAAGCCUGCAGGGCCGUGCCCAGGAGCUGCUGCUGCAGAGCCAGCGGGCGCAGGAGCACAGUAGCCGCUUGCAGGCCGAGAAGUCUGUAUUGGAGGUGCAGGGCCAGGAGCUGCACAGGAAGUUGGGGGUGUUGGAGGAGGAGGUGCGGGCAGCGCGGCGGUCCCAGGAGGAGACCCGCGGGCAGCAGCAGGCCCUGCUGCGGGACCACGAGGCCCUGGCACAACUGCAGCGGCGGCAGGAAGCUGAGCUAGAGGGCCUGCUGGUGCGGCACCGAGACCUCAAGGCCAACAUGCGGGCGCUGGAGCUGGCCCACCGGGAGCUGCAAGGCCGGCAUGAGCAGCUGCAGGCCCAGCGGGCCAACGUGGAGGCACAGGAGGUGGCCCUGCUGGCUGAGCGUGAGCGCCUGAUGCAGGACGGGCAUCGGCAGCGCGGCCUGGAGGAGGAGCUGCGGAGGCUGCAGAGUGAACACGAAAGAGCUCAGAUGCUGCUGGCGGAGGUGUCCCGGGAACGAGGCGAGCUGCAGGGCGAGCGUGGGGAGCUGCGCGGCCGGCUGGCGCGGCUGGAGAUGGAGCGAGCACAGCUGGAGAUGCAGAGCCAGCAACUGCGAGAGUCCAACCAGCAGCUGGACCUGAGCGCCUGCCGGCUGACCACGCAGUGCGAGCUGCUGACAGAGCUUCGGAGCGCCCAGGAAGAGGAGAACCGGCAGCUGCUGGCCGAGGUACAGGCCCUGAGCCGGGAGAACAGGGAGCUCCUGGAGCGCAGCCUGGAGAGCCGGGACCACCUGCACCGCGAGCAGCGCGAGUACCUGGACCAGCUCAACGCCCUGCGCCGCGAGAAGCAGAAGCUGGUCGAGAAGAUCAUGGACCAGUACCGCGUGCUGGAGCCUGGGCCCCUGCCCCGGACCAAGAAGGGCAGCUGGCUGGCAGACAAGGUGAAGAGGCUGAUGCGGCCCAGGCGGGAGGGGGGCCCCCAUGGGGGGCUGCGCCCGGGGGCCGAUGGGGCUGGCAGCACGGAGAGCCUGGGGGGCCCCCCAGAGACGGAGCUCCCUGAGGGCAGGGAGGCAGAUGGGACAGGGUCCCCCUCGCCAGCACCCAUGCGCAGGGCCCAGAGCUCCCUCUGCUUGCGGGACGAGACUCUGGCAGGUGGGCAGCGUAGGAAACUCAGCUCGCGGUUUCCCGUGGGGCGUAGCUCUGAGUCAUUCAGCCCCGGAGACACCCCCCGACAGCGAUUCCGACAACGCCGUCCAGGCCCGCUGGGGGCACUCAGCUCCCAUGGCAAAGGAUCUGGCGUGGGAUGGGAUGGCUCCAUCGAGACCCUCCAGGAACACGAAGCAGAUGCCAACCGAGAGGGCCUCGAGGUACAAGAACCGGAGAAGCGUUCCCUCACACCUUCCCUCAGCCAGUGACACUGUGAUGACAGGGUACCCGGGAGUGCAGCCUCCUCACCGCUGGAGUGUCAGUGAGGACCCUAGGCAGCCCAAGAACCUGGGGAGCCGGGGGACCCGAGGAGCGUCCUUGGACAAGAAGGCCUGGACCC